AUGGCGGUGAGCCCCAUCCGCCCUCCUCUCUCUGCCCCCUACGCAUCGCCGUCGCCGCCGUUCACGCUCACUGCCCGGUGGCCACGCGCGCACCUCGCCCGCGCGUCCCGCAUGCCCUGGCCUGCUGCCGCCCCACGCUCCGACCGAGCCCGCCUCGUCGCGCGCACAGCUCCCCACCAUCUGCUCCGGCCGCGCUCCCGGUCACUCCGGCAUUCCCCGCGCGCGCCCGCAAACGCCUCCCCCACUCACGUCUGCCGUUGCCGGCGCCGCCCGCUGCGACCGCAACCCGCGCCCGCCGCGCCAGCGAACGCCCUCGCCGGCCACGCGCCGCGCUCACCUGCCGCAGCUCCCGCGGCCGGCCGCGCCCCCUGGCCACGCGCCAGGCCCUAG